AUGACGGAAUCGUCCAGCUGGACGCUGUUUGCGUGUGCGUUGGACGUGCUGACAACCAGUGAUGUCUUUGUCAAUGUGGACAAGACCACCAAGUAUGUGGCGCAAUGGAAGAGUGGCGCGAUCACUGUAAUCUACAACGAGGACGACGAGUUGAACAAUGUACCGGAUCAUCCCGCACGGCCGGACAACGUGCAAAUUGUUCCGGCUUACAAGGCCAAGCAAGGAUCCCGAAAAGCUUUCGUGCAUAGCUUAGCGCAUGCCGAGAGCUACGCGAUCGAUCUCAUGUGGGACAUGGUGUGCCGUUACGUAGCACACAACUUGCCCCGUGCAUUCUACGACGACUGGGUCCGCAUUGCGGGUCAGGAAGCCGACCACUUCAACAGCUGGGCCCAUCGUCUGACAGAGCUUGGGAGUUUCUACGGCGAUCUCACGGGUCACGAGGGUCUCUGGGAUGCAGCAUACGACACCCGCGCGAGCAUCCUAGCACGUCUGGCCCUUGUGCAUCUCGUCCAUGAAGCUCGUGGACUUGAUGUGUUUUCAAAUGCUGUCAAGCGAUUCGAGAAGGCCAGCGACAACAUCAGUCUGGACAUUUUGCGUAAGAACUACCGCGAGGAGAUCACGCACGUGGAAGCAGGGGUGCGUUGGUUCCGGUACGUCUCGGAACGGGAUGGCAACGAUGCGAUCGCCACGUUUCACGAGCUUGUACCGCAGUACUACAAAGGCACGCUCAAACCGCCUUUCAACAAAGAGGCACGUGACAAGGCUGGAAUGCUGGAGGACUGGUACGUCCCUCUCAGCUCGAAAACUUGUGCAGCGAAGAAAACGCCAUCUACUAGCACUUCGGCGAUCGAAGAAACGGCUGCUGCACUGUCAGGGUAG